AUGGAUCCAAUGCGUGGACGAUUUCCAAUAAAACUUGUACGCACUGAUAGUCCAACAAGUACAUUAUCAUCAAGGAGACCUUAUAGUCGACAAGAUAAUCGAGAUGGUUAUACAACAACAGUUACAUCAGCAUCAACUACAGCCAUUCCGACACAUUUUCGUGCAACAUCCGAACCAGCACCAGAUGGACCAAUUGAAUUACGUCGUAUGGAUUUAGUUCGUUCACCUUCACGUACAUAUAUUGAUGGACAUCCAACUGAAUAUUAUCAUUACUCACGUUCAACAUUACCAACAAGUGGUAUACGUGUACGUGGUCAUGAUUAUUCAGGAUACGAAACUGAUACAGGUCUUGUAACAUCUCGUAAUUAUGGUCCUAGAUAUUAUGGUGUUCCUCCACCGCCUCCGCCACAACAUGUACCUCCACCUGUGCAUUAUCCAUAUUAUACUCAUCAACCAGGACAAUUUGUACGUGAACGUCAUCAUGAAAGUUAUGCAGCUACUAGUUCGGGUGGUGGUGGUCAACGUUCAAUGUUACGUCCAGAUGGUUAUGAUACAGAUACAGGUUUAAUUAGUAGUGGUCGAUUACGUAUGACACGUACAUUACCACCACGUAUGGCAGCUAUACCUGAAACAUUAGUCGUUAAUAAUAGAAUGGUAUCGUCAUCAAAUUUAAAUAGUGUGCCAACAAAUUUACGUGGUAGUUCGUUUCUUAAUGAAACAAAUACGAAUACAUUACGUAGUCGAACAGAAAACAUAAGUGGUUAUGAAACUGAUUCAGGUAUGAAUAUACGACAACAAAAUUAUUCUCGUCAACAAGUACCUAUUGAUAUACAAUAUGGUGAUAGUGGAUGGGUUGGUAAACAAUCAAUGGGAAGACCUACAUCUCAACAGCAACAACGAUUUAUUGAUAAUAAUCAACGUUAUCGUUCACAAGAUCAAUUACGUUCAACAUCAAUACCUGUUUUUACACAAGAUACAUCAACAACAAUGUCACGGUUACCUGAUCAACAAAUAUCAAUAACAAAUAAAUCUCAACCAAAAAGGACGAUAAAUACAUUACCGUCAUCAUCAUCAUCAAUAGAAACUAAACAACAAUUGGAAACAAUGAAAAAAGAUGUUUCAGUAUUACCAAAUUUUUUUCCAGGCUCAGUUGGUUUAUCUAAUCCACCAAGUAAUAAUAAACAACAACUACCUCCAUCACCAGAAUUAAAAAGAAAAUUUUCUGAUGAUCAUAUUAUUAAAAGACCCUCGAGACCACAAUGUACUAUUAUUGAAACAACCAUAUUACCUGUAUCGAAUGAUUCAAAUACAAUAAAACCACAAAUAUUUUCUACUACAGCAGAGAUUAUACCAAACGUCAAUGCUGAUCGUGGUGAUAAUCAAACAACAAGUAAAACACCAUCAACACCUACGUUUCCAGUAACUACUCAAACUUAUAAUCAAAACAUUCAAGCACGUGUAGGCAAUAGUUCAUUUCGAAAUCAAGAAGAAAAUUCACGACGUUCAAGUGUUUCAUCUGCUGCAGAAUCUGAUGUAGUCCGUAAUGGUGCCUAUCAAGCACAUAAUGUUAGUCAAUAUUGGUAUAAAGAAAAAAUGUCACGUGAAGAUGCCAUUAAUUUACUUAAAACAAAACCAGCUGGAACAUUUCUUAUUCGAGAUAGUCAAGGGUUUCCAGGUUCAUAUGGUCUUGCAAUUAAAGUUGAAACAUUACCAGCUGGCAUUCAAGCAAAACCAGGAGUUGAUCCUAAUGCUGAACUCGUUCGACAUUAUCUUAUUGAACGAACACCAACUGGACAUGUUCGUUUGAAAGGAUGUCUAAAUGAACCGGAUUUUGCCAAUCUAUCAGCUUUAGUCUACCAACAUUCAAUAACGCCGCUUGCCUUGCCAAUAAAAUUAGUUUUACCGACUGUUGAUAUAACUGAAGAUUAUCGUUCAAUAGGAAAUCAACAACAACAACAACAACAACAACAACAUGAAACAUUUAAAAAAAUGUCUGUAAAAGAUUUACUUGAAAAAGGAGCUGCUUGUAAUGUUCUCUAUUUAAAUCAUAUUGAUGUUGAAUCAUUAUCUGGUCAAAUGGCCGUAAAUAAAGCAUUACGUUCUACAUUUGAAAAUCCUGAUCGUUUACAAGCAACCAUUGUUCAUUUUAAAGUUUCAAAUACUGGUAUAACAUUAACUGAUACAAAGAAAAAAUUAUUUUCACGACGUCAUUUUCCUAAAGAAUAUGUCACAUAUUGUGGUGUUGACUAUGAAACAGAUCGUUAUUGGACACAUCAAUUUUCUGAUCUUGAAAUGUUACCCAAAGCAAAAUGUUUUGGUUUUGUUUCAAAGAAAAUUAACGGAAAUAAUCGAUCAACUCAAGCAGAAAAUGAAUGUCAUAUAUUUGCUGAAAUUGAUCGAACACAACCAUCAACAGCUAUCGUUGGUUUCGUAUCGAAAGUUAUGAUUGGAAGUGUACCUGUUUAA